GUCAAACGCCAAAGAAAAAGAAGCAACAGAGUAGCGACGAGCAGAAGAAGAGAAGACUGCUCUGUGUGGUGCAAGUGGAAAAAAAUAAAAGAGUCACAAAAUCCGUGCGUAAAGUGAAAAUUUCGAGCCGAAAACUUGUGUCCACAUCGUUCCGCUCGGUUCCGGCCCCGCGAAUGAAGAAACGGAAAUAGGCCAUCGCGUAGAAUAGGCCCGAAAAAAGUGCUUGUGCUAAAAUUGUGAUAGCAGCGCAGGAUUUUCCUCUCGCCCAAGUGAAACACCCCCGUCUGUGCGGAGUGGAUUAUGGCCUUAGCAGCAGCCCGAAAGACACCAUCGAAAAUCUAUGAUAUACAAGCACACAGUAACAAAGUAACAUGCUUGGAUAUUGGCGUCACAGGACGAGUGCUGGUCACUGGCGGUCAGGAUCGCAAUGUCAACCUAUGGACGUUCGGAAGCAAAGAGUGCUUCAUGAGCUUAACUGGCCAUAAUGCCCCAAUCGAUUGCGUAAAAUUUGCCUACUCGGACGACUACGUAUACUCGGCAGAUGAUACCGGCAUCAUCAAACGAUGGGAUCUGAACUCGGACACCGAAUGUACGACAUUUUUUGGACACAUGAAAACGGUGCGGACACUGGACUUCCAUCCGUACAGCGAAUACGUGGUGUCCGGUAGUCAUGACACUUCCAUACGCUUAUGGGACGUCCGACAGAACGUCUGCAUCAAACGAUACCGGGGUCACAUUUCGCACGUGAAUUCGGUCAAGUUUUCGCCCGAUGGGCUGUGGAUCGCCUCGGCUGGUACUGAGGGAUGUGUCAUAAUAUGGGAUAUUCGGAUGAGCAAACAGUUUAUGGAGUUUACUGAACGAGAAUCGCCGGCGAUUUGUGUUCAGUACCAUCCAUCCGAUUUGCUAAUGGCUGCCGGAAGGAACGACGGAACUGUUGACUUGUACGAUCUGGAAAAGAAACAACUUAUCUCCAGGGCGGACAAAACUCGCUCGAAAGGGCACACGGUUAAAUGUAUCUCGUUUGACGAGGGUGGAACAUGUCUCUUUGUAGGUACAGCUGCCGGUAUUUCGGUAAUCGGCUGGGAACCAGAUCAGGAAUACGACCAUGUUGAUUCCACGUGGACGUUCCUAGGAGACAUGAUAACCGCUGGGAAAAAACUUAUUUGUGGAACAUACGAGAACAGAAACGUUUCAAUCCAUGCCCUUAACCUAGCCCAUGUUAAGCCAUUCUAUAAUCCACAAAAUCAACCAUUCAAUCAUCAUCAAAGCUCAAGAAAGAGUUUUAGCCGCGGCAGCGGAAAAGUACGUUUAUCAAUUGGCGACCGAUCACUUUCCGGGGAAACUAUUGAGGAAAACGUCAACGGAGGAAUGUCGCCCAAUUUGAGUAUCGAAAUGAUCGACGAGGAAGGUUCCUCGAUGAUGGCAGACAAAAAUGCAUUUGAUUUUAGCCAUAGUAACGGAAGCGGCACAGUCAGUUUCGAUUCGUACACGCCUCCACCGUCCGGUAUUCCGGUGUCGACCAUCACACCGCCAUCCGGACCCCUCUCUAAUAGCAACUAUCUGGUCAAAGAGGAGAUGAAAAUGUACAACAUCAGCACCUCGACAGGCUACUCUAGUGAUUUGGACUUUUACCCCUGUAAGAACAACCCUUCCGACGCCGACAAAGAGGACUUCCCGGUGAAAAGUGCCCAACCUCCGGACUAUGCACCGAAGAUGGCCAACUCUAGCAGCACAACCAGUUCCAACAGCACUUCGACGACCAUAGCGAAAAGCAGCACACUUGUUAGACAAAAAACGGAUUCGACUAGUGGCACUUCCAGCGCGCAGCAACAGAGAAGGCCUUCGCAGCCGAAUCUUGCUUCGAGCAGAAACACUUUCGGCGGAUCCAGCACUUUGAGUAGAAAAAUAUCGACAUCUAGAAGUACGUUAGAAAUUCACAAGCUAGGACAAGAUGAACAAGUCACCUUCAAAAAGCCUAUCAGCCGUGGAAGCUCUCCGAUACGGAACAACACCGCCCUCAGCAGUAAAAUACGCAAAAGCGAAAGCACAGCACAAAUCAACAACAUGAAAAACGUCUCCAACCGGUACAGCCACAAUGCCAACGUGAAAGUCGAAAUCGUAACGAAACCCGUCCGUUCGAAAACCUCACUGGACAUGCGACAACGGAAUACCAACGGCAGUGAGCACCACAACAGCAGCAGUGCCACCAUGAGCCGAGCUGGAAUUAUUCACCACAAUAAUGGCAACUCCGGAGGUCAUAGCCUAACUCAUAUAGGAAUUCACGAUUCCGGGGGCGGCAGUAUGGGCAGUGGAAGGGAUUCGAUUCUGAUGCCACCCCCGCCGAUUCCCCCUCCGUCUUCUUCGAUACCCACGGCCACAUCCCAUCACAACAUCCCGCUCAUCAGGUACCAGGCGACGCACGACACCGGGGGAGCUGGCAUGACCUCCAACGAAGAGUACGAAAUUCAACAGUUGAUGAACGAACACGAUAGCGUCUUCCAUGCUCUCUGUAAUCGAACGGCCCUGCUUUCGGCGAUCCGAAACUAUACGCAAUCGGGAGAUGUCAACACCGCUCUCAAGGUGGCCGUGAGGAUGAACGAUCACCCCAUUUUAGUCGAUUUGCUAGGGGCGAUAUUGGAAAAAAGCUCACACUUCACAUUAGACAUGUGCGUUCUAUUAUUGCCAAAAAUAUACGACCUGCUGCAGAGUGAUUUAAAAUUCCACUGUACCCGCGCCUGCGACACGUUACGAGUAAUUCUGACCACGUUUCUGCCGGUAAUUCGCGAAAACACCGACCCGUGGGGUGCCUGCACGAUCGGUGUGGACGUCAGCCGCGAGGAGCGAGUCAGCAAAUGCAUGGAGUGCAAAACGUGGCUGCUGAGGAUACGAACCCUGCCGGAGAAUCCGAAAAUCGGUACCAAUCUGCAGCAGCUGCAAAACAUGAUGGUCGACCUGUGAAGAAGAAGCACGGCAGAGGUAAGCGACGAGCUUUUCUUUUGAUUGUAUGAUUUUUUUAUUUAUUAAUUUCCGUUAUGGUAGAACUAAUAGUGUUUUCAAAAUUCUACGACGAAUUCGUCAAAGUUUGGCACUCGUCGUUUUUUGAGCGACAGAAUGGUGGACUUUGUCUACAGUGAAAUUAAAUGAAAUCACUGCUAAUGUCACUAAUUUAUUUGCAAGCAAAACAACAGUAAGUUUACAAAACUGUAUGAUUUUAAGCUUUUAACGGUUUUUUUGUUUUUAUUCAUGAAGCAAACGUAAUAUAUUUUUAGACUAACGAAAAUGCAAUGAAGGAAAAUAAGAAAAAAAAUCGUCGAUACAGAUUAAUAAUAAGACUGAACAUUUUAAUUGAAAAAAUCAACAUACAAAAGAUCAUCCUACUAAGAAUAAUACUGCUACGAUUAUAUAGAUUUUUAUUAACAUAAGCGAAAGAAGCAAAAUCAUCCUAAUAUAGGCAAGCGAAGUAACCAAAUUCACGGCUUUUUAUAUUUGAUAUCGGAACAUUUUAGCUCAAUCUUAGAACUACUGUUGACCAAUCGCACAUUAGCAUUGGCCAACAAGGUACAACUAAAUCGAGAGAAUGAAAAAAAUGAAAACUACGGAACGGUGAUCUACUUAGUGCUUUAGACAAAAAAGCAACACGCAAUAAUUGUGAUUAACAACACACCACUCGUUUCCUUGACUUUGUUUAACAACCAUCAAAAUGCUUUCUAUUGGCAUGCCCUAAUACCCAUAAUGAUCGAAAUUUAAACUGCGCAGUUUCGGGGAAAUCAAGUCACAAAAUUAUAAAACAAUAAUGCAUUUACCAGUAAAUAGUAACAAGGAAACAAAAGUAUAUGAAUAGCAGUAAAUAACCGCCGCCAGUUUUGUGCAGUAUCCCGGGAACACUUCUGGUCUCACUUUUCCAGUAUUAGAUUUUUUUCGGAAUCAUUUUCAUACCAAUCUGUUCAGUAUAUCCGUCACCCUAUAGACUGCGAAAAUGCUAAACAUUUGUCCAUUUUAUUGGUAACACUACGAUUUUUGAAGGUUAUUCUAUAGUUAAGUUCACUUCAUCCUCCAGCAGAGGCGAAUGACUCAAGUUAAAACCUCUUUAAUAAAUAAUAAUUAUAAUAAUAAACUUCAUCCUCCUUGUUACUCGAUGGGAUGUAAUUCGGUCCGUUGAAUCUGCGCCGACUGAAGAAUCUUACUCCAUUGGACUCGGUUCUGGACUCAACGCAGACUGUCGUGCUUUUAUCAGCAUGAUAGUAUUUGUUUAUAUAUUUGGUAUAAUUAUAACUGAUGGUUGCAAGUGACGCUGCCUUAUGUUGAUUCGUUUUUUACCGCCAAGUAUCGUUCGGAGAUCCUUUUGUAAAAAUGCCUUCUGGUUGCUCCUUCAAUAUCCAAGAGUCUUGGUCACCAAGACCAAAUCGUGACCAAUCUAAUCAUGGCUGUAUGACUAACAGUAAGGACCUGUGUCUUAUACAAGUUUCGAGAUACGCCAAUCCUUCCACUAUCAACACUAUUUCGUUACAAACACCAUCACUAGAUCCACGAUGUGAUUAUGUUUUUCGUCUUGCUGGUGUUGAUUGUGAAUGCUUCUUUAACGGCUCAGCAGAUAUUUUCCUUAUUGAUUUCACAAGAUUUUAACGAAAUCGGUCGAAUAUCUAACCGAAUAACUAGCUGAAAUUCGUUCUGCUCAAAAGUAAAUUUUAAAAUUUUAGAAAUUGGACCGAAAUUUCGUCAGAAAACCAUGUUUUACCAUUAUCUCUUGAAACGUCGCAAGUUAUACGUCCUGAGUUUGCAAGUUAUACUCCCAAAUUUAAUGCAGAAUUUGUAACAGAGUAAGCAUUUGAUCCGUCGUUGACAGGCUCUUACGAAAAUCAGCUUGGUAUUCGCCGACGAAGGACUCUUUCAGCAACUUUGGUUAGAAUACCUGAGAAUAUGGUCUGAGGAUUGAAAAAUUACAGAACAUUUCAGAACACAAGGACAGGCCUUCUCUGCACGAAUUGUCCAUCGGCACUGAUGCCUAAUUUUUUCGUCGAAGCAUAAGUGUUCUCUCCAUUUAACGAAAUCUCGAAGUAUUCUUUCCAUUUGCUUGCUUUCAUUUGACGGGAAGCGGCGCAGUUCUUCUUGGUACACCAUUUACAGUUUCGUAAAAUGUCUGCAUAUUGUUUUGUUCCAUACAUAUGCAAUUACGCAUAGCUACACCUACACGUUGCUAUAUCUGAAAUUUAAUAUUAUUUCGUUGAAUUUUUGCAUUGAGCUAGGCAUUGUCGUCUGUUGCCGUUACGUGUCUUAACCCUUCAGGACGCGCGCUGUUGUAAAAAAUACAACACCGCCAAAAAAAACUCGCUUUUCGUAUACAGCGCGCGCACAGUUUUGGUUGCUUGAUGGCGCGCGUCCUGAAAGGUUAAGACUUCUGAUAUAUACCUUCACUAAUCGUAAUUGUCAAUGAAACCGUAACUACAAAUCCACCCUUCCUCAUGUCCUUCCCAGAAAACAAAAAAACGUACAAAAUCAAAUUAAUUGUCACCAAAACCUCGUUAAUAAUAGGUAAAAAAUGCGAAAGCCUAAUUCAGUCACAUUUUAUAAAUAGAUUCGUUACGACAGAACGUUGUUUCAUACAACCACGCAAUACCGUACAAAUCAAAGUUAUAGUUUUAUCCACCUUGAAUAUGAAAGAAACACAUGACAACACAAUUGUUUUACUAGCGCCUUACGCCAGCACCACGUUUUAUGAAAUGGCUUACAUCGAAUGACAUUUUCCGUUACAAACCUGUAAGCGCGAUCUAGCACAGGAACAGGAGUUUUUUUUGCGUAGCUUCUAAUACACCACAAUAUUCGUCAACACAUUCAAACUAUGUACAUAAAAUCACUCCACGCCAAUUACUAGCUUAUUUGUUCAUUCACUCAUCUUACAUUCAUCAAUCCAUCCAACACAUUUACACUAGAACGCCUUGUUGAUUCACACCUCAUUCAAGGAGAUAUGUAAGAAGUGAUGUUCACUCCAAAGUAACCCCAAAAAAUGAAACUAAUAUCAUUAAAACGAUGGAACGCCAUCCACAUGCAGAAUGGUGAAUAAUAUUAGAAUAUUAAUAUUUAUAAACGAAAAAAGUAAAAAUAACUCACACAACAUUGAAGUGCCUUCAAAAAAUCAAUCUCGCAAAUACGAAGAGAGAGAGAGAUACAAACGAACAUAAAGACCGCAGUAACAGCAAAUGAAAGACAAGUGAAAGCAUAGUGAGAUCAAUACGGAACCGUAUAGGUAGAGAUUGAACAUUGUUCUUUUUUUCCUGUUUCUUUUGUAAAUCUAUGGAAUGCGAUUUUGGCUAAUGUGGGCCAUUAAAACAACGAGCAGUGAAUGUGUGAUGAAGAUUGUUGAGUUUUCACGGUAGUUAGGAGGACGAAUGGAAAUGAAGCAGAUUAGUCAGUUGCUUCUGUGAGAAAAAAAAAUGUGAAAGCGAAGGUGAAGGAUUAACGGCAAGAAUGCUACACUGUGUACACACUACAACCCACUCAAAAAUAUAAAACAAAACAUUGAACAUAUUAAAAA